AUGAACUCGGCGAUCGCGUGGCGCGCGAACUCCGUGAAGCACCGCAAGAACGAGAUUUACGUGGACGUCGUCGAGUCUUUCUCAGCGGCGCUCGGGCCGGACGGCGCGGCGCUCGAGAGCGGCGUCUCUGGCGUGGUGCGCAUGAAGUCUUUUCUGAGCGGGCUGCCCGAGCUGAAGCUCGGGCUGUUUUUCGCGCAGCCGGCCGCGCAGCCGCGCGUCGGGCUCUCGAGCCAAGACGCCGCGCGCAGCGCCAGUCGCGCAGACCUCGUGGAGUGCGUGAAGAGCGACAAACUUCAAGAGCUGCGCUUCCACCCGUGCGUGCGGCUCAACCGCUUCCGCGCGGAAAAGGAGAUCACCUUCAUCCCGCCGGACGGCGAGUUCGACUUGCUCAGCUACUCCAUUCGCCGCGAACACCUCGCCGACGUGCCGUUCACCGUGACCUGCCAGCACCUGCACAACACGCUCGACCCAGAAGCGGUCGCAUUCGAGCUGGUCGUGCGGCUACGCGCGAACUUCGCGGAGCGCAUCACUGCGCGCUUCGUCAAGGUGAUUGUGCCCACGCCGUCCAACAUCUCGAAGCCGAAGACGAAGCCGGGCGGCGGCUCUGCGCACUACGCGCCGAGCCUCAACGCCGUGGUCUGGCACCUCAGUUUAAUGACCGGCGGCGAGCAGCGCGAGCUUUCAAUAAAGGCGGCGCGCUCGCGGCUCGGCCGCGAAGCGUUCAAGACGUGGACGCGCUCCCCGCUGCGCCUCGAGUUCGAAAUUCCGUUCUUUACCGCGAGCAACUUGCGCGUCGAGUACCUCAGAAUUGCGGAAAGCAGCGGCUAUCCCGCGCUGCCGUGGGUGCGCUACCUCACGAACAGCAAAGACUACGAAGCGCGUGCGUUUUAG